AUGGCGACUCCCGCGAUCGCGCUGCUUGAUCAGACCCUGCCGUUCGGCGUCGGCGUCGGCGGCGGCUCGGACCGGCUCAGCAAGGAGAUCUUCUCCAUCCUGGAGUCCAACUUCCUGUUCGGCGCGCAGGCGCUGGAGCCGGCCGGGGCGUGCUCCGCGGGCCGCGUGCGCGUGCUCUCCAUCGACGGCGGCGCGGACGGCGGCGCGCUCGCCGCGGCCGCGCUUGUCAGGCUCGAGCGCCGGCUGCAGGAGCUGUCGGGCAACCCCGAGGCGCGCGUCGCCGACUACUUCGACGUGGCGGCCGGGUCCGGCGCCGGCGGGUUCCUCGCGGCCGCGCUGUUCGCGCGCCGGAUGCCGGCGGAGGCGGCGCGCGACGUCGUGGCCAAGAACCGCAAGGUCUUCUCCGGGCGCCACGGGCGCGGCGGCCUGUUCUCCCGGCCCGAGGCCGUGUUCAGGAAGGUGUUCGGCGACCUCACCGUGCGCGACGCCGCCAAGCCGCUGCUGAUCCCCUGCUACGACAUGGCCACGGCCGCGCCGUUCGUCUUCUCCCGCGCCGACGCCGUGGAGGCCGAGGCGUUCGACUUCCCGCUCUGGCAGGUCUGCGCGGCCGCGUGCGGCGUGGGGCCGGCCGAGGUGGCGUCCCUCGACGGGCGCACCAGGCUGCGCGCCGCCGCGGCCGCCGGCGGGACCGGCGCCGGCGUGGCGAACCCGACCGCCGUGGCCGUCACCCACGUGCUCCACAACAAGCGCGAGUUCCCCUUCGCCGCCGGCGCCGGCGACCUCGUCGUGUUGUCCCUCGGCGGGAACGCCGCCGCCGGGUCGGGCGCCCGCGCGUCGUCCUCCAGCCUCCUGCGCAUCGCCGGCGCGUGCCAGGCCGACAUGGUGGACCAAGCCGUAUCAAUGGCGUUCGGAGAGAGCAGAGCAACCAACUACAUCCGCAUCCAGGGCAACGGCAUUACCGCCGGAGCGACGGCGGAGGCGGCCAUGGCGGAGCGGGGGGUGGAGUCGGUCCUGUUCCGGGGCAAGAAGCUGAUGCCGCAGACCAACGGCGAGCGGCUGGACGGCGUGGCGGAGCAGCUGGUGCGGGAGCAGCACCGGAGGAUGGACAGCAAGACGCCCGUGGUGCUCAUCAAGCCGUCGGCGACGCCCAGGACGUCGUCCUCCUCGGCGUCCACGCUCAUCACCGUGUCCACCAACUCCUCCUCGGAGUCGCCCGUGGAAGAAAGAGGAGAGUGGUCGGAGUGGGAAAAUGUGAAAGAUUUGUCUAGCUAG